GAUACGCGUUGGUUCUGUUCAGCGGACUGUUUUCGUUAAUAACGUGUGCGCGUUAGUAAGUGUAUAGUGUCUGUGUAAGAAACAAGAAAAUAAUAUUUUAGUGUACCACAUCAAAAAAUUGUCUUCAAUUCGUCUUGAUUAAACUAAAAUUUUCAACAAAAUCUUUAUGUUUAUGUGUAUAAAGUUUAAAGUAAAACUAAUAAAUAAAUAAAAGUGAAAGUAAAAUUUAACAAAAAAAAAAAAACGACAUUCCAAUAACUUUUAAAUCCCCCCUCAUUUAAGGAAGGGGUUUCGUUUUAAAACCUCUUUAGUUAAGGAACGCAAGUUCUUCACACACAACAAAACACACACAAAUUUGACAAAAUGGGGCGGCAGUCGUCUAGUACGCUGGCCGUCGUCCUGCUGGUUGCUGUUUUAGGCACCACAACGGCAAUGGUUAAUUCACCGCCUCGCAUUAUCAAACAACCGCCCACAGAUGAACUUCUUUUUAAAGUUGCUCAACAAAAUAAAGAAAGUGAUAAACCCUUCAUCAUCGAAUGUGAAGCAGAAGGACAACCUGAUCCAACAUACCGAUGGGUGAAAAACGGCAAAAAAUUCGAUUGGCAAGCAUACGAUAAUCGUAUGUUGCAGCAACCUGGACGUGGUACCUUAGUAAUUACCUCGCCAAAAGAUGAAGAUUUGGGUCAGUACCAAUGUUUUGCCGAAAAUGAAUUUGGUAUAGCUACAUCAAACUCUGUGUUCGUACGUAAGGCUGAAUUGAAUGCUUUCAAAGAUGAAGCUGCCAAAACCGUAGAAGCCAAUGAAGGUGAACCCUUCUCACUGCAAUGCGAAGCCCCAGACGGUUGGCCAAAGCCUACAGUCAAUUGGUUGAUUCAACAGUCGAUCGAUGGAAACAUCAAAUCGAUAAACAGCUCUCGUAUGACUUUGGACCCCGAAGGCACAUUGUGGUUCUCGAAUGUUACACGCGAAGAUGCUAGUGAUGAUUUCUAUUAUGCCUGCUCUGCCACCUCUGUGUUCCGCAGUGAGUACAAGAUCGGUAAUCGUGUGCUGUUGGAUGUGAAACAAACUGGUAUUAGUGCUUCCCAAAAUAAAUAUCCUCCCAGGAAACAAUAUGUAACACGAAAAAAUGAAGUGGCUCUGAGAGGUAAACGUGCGGAACUGUUCUGUAUAUAUGGAGGAACGCCGCUGCCGCAAACUGUGUGGAAGAAAAAUGGCGGGCCGAUAGAGUGGAGUGACCGAAUAACCCAAGGUCAUUAUGGUAAAUCGUUGGUAAUACGCCAUAUUAAUUUUGAUGAUAAUGGUACCUAUACUUGUGACGUUUCCAACGGUGUGGGCAACGCUCAAUCUUAUUCGAUUAAUUUACAAAUCAAUGCCAUUCCCUACUUUACUGUGGAGCCUGAAAUGCAAAAUGCUGCCGAAGAUGAGACUGUGGAAUUCCGUUGCGAAGCUGCUGGAUCUCCCGAGCCCACAAUUCAAUGGAUUCAUAAUGGUAAACCCAUUAGUCAAGCUCCUCCUAAUCCCAGACGUAUUGUGGAAACCAAUCGCAUUAUUAUACGCGAUUUGUUGAAAUUGGACACUGGUAAUUAUGGCUGUAACGCUACCAACUCUUUGGGCUAUGUUUACAAAGAUGUCUACUUGAAUGUCUUGGCCUUGCCGCCAGAGAUUGAGGAGCCUCCUCGCAAAGAAGCUACUGUUGAUGGCAAAAACGUAACCAUGCGUUGUCGCGUGUUCGGUGCUCCCAAGCCUCAAGUUAAAUGGAUUCGUAAUGGUCUCGAAUUGACUGGUGGUCGUUACACAGUAUUACCGUCGGGAGAUCUACAAAUCCAGCAAGUUAGCUUCAACGAUGCCGGCCAAUACACCUGCUUUGCAAAGAACAAAUUUGGCGAGAAAACUGCGAACGGUUCAUUGAUUGUAAAAGAGCAUACACGUAUCACCCAAGAACCUCAAAACUACGAAGUAGCGGCUGGUCAGUCGGCCACUUUCCGUUGUAAUGAAGCUCACGACGACACUUUAAAUUUAACAAUUGAGUGGUGGAAGGAUUCCCAACAAAUCGAUUUCGAAGCUGAAGCUCGUUUUGUAAAGACCAAUGAUAACUCGCUCACAAUUUCCAAGACCAUAGAGUUAGAUUCCGGCGAAUACACAUGUGUGGCCAGAACUGAGUUGGAUGAAGCAUCGGCAAAGGCUAAUCUUAUUGUGCAAGAUGUUCCCAAUGCCCCUCUUUUGUCUGGAGUCAGAUGUAUGGAACGACAUGCUGAAGUCAACUGGGAACCUCAGGGCGACAAUCGUUCUCCUAUUUUGCAUUACACCAUUCAAUAUAAUACCUCUUUUACUCCGGCGUCCUGGGAUGUUGCCUUUGAAAAGGUGCCUUCGACAGAUUUCUCAUUUACCGUUGACAUGUCACCCUGGACCAAUUACACAUUCCGUGUUAUUGCUUUCAACAAAAUUGGCGCAUCACCUCCAUCGGGUCACAGUGAAACUUGCACAACACAACCUGAUGUUCCCUACAAAAAUCCCGACAAUGUUGCUGGUCAAGGUACAGAACCCAACAAUUUGGUAAUCACCUGGACUCAAAUGCCUGAACUAGAACACAAUGCACCUAAUUUCCAAUACCGUGUAUCUUGGAAACGUGAUAUUCCAGCAGCAUCUUGGGAAAACGAUGACAUUUAUGAUUGGAAAAAAAGUAGUGUGGUUAUUACAGAUCAACCGACAUUUGUGCGUUAUAUCAUCAAAGUUGUGGCCAUUAAUGAACGUGGAGAAGCAAAUGUUGCCGCUGAGGAAAUUAUUGGUUAUUCCGGGGAAGACCGUCCUUUGGAAGCACCCACCAAUUUCAGUAUGAUUCAAGUAACCGGUGCCACUUCAGCCAUCUUAGGAUGGAAUCCCGUCAGUCCAGAAUCAAUCCGUGGUCACUUUAAGGGAUACAAAAUCCAAACCUGGACUGAAAAGGAAGGUGAAGAAGGCUUGCGUGAAAUCCACGUCAAGGGUGAUUCGAACCAAGCCCUAGUUACACAAUUUAAACCAGAUUCAAAGAAUUUUGCUCGUGUUUUGGCCUACAACGGUCGAUUCAAUGGUCCUGCUAGUGCUGUUAUUGAUUUUGACACACCCGAAGGCGUUCCGUCCCCCGUAGAAUCGCUAGAAGCUUAUCCUAUGGGCUCCUCGGCUUUCUGGUUGGUGUGGAAGAAACCCUUAAAUCCUAAUGGCAAACUUACUGGCUACAAAGUAUAUUAUGAAGAAGUGAAAGGCAGCUAUGUGGGUGAAAGACGUGAGUAUGAUCCUCAUAUUACCGACCCCAAUGUCUUAAGUAUGAAAAUGGCUGGUUUGAAACCAAACACAAAAUAUCGAAUCUCUAUUGCUGCUACCACUAAAGUUGGAGAGGGCUCAGAACAUUUUAUUGAAAAACGCACAUUGUCGGAGGAUUCGCAAGCUCCAGCUAUGCCCUUCUUCGAAUGUCAACAAUUGCCCUCAGACAAUGGUUUGGCCAAGUUCCGUGUCAAUUGGAAACCAAAUACUGAAGGACAUGCCGGCACACACUUCUUCACCGAAUACAGAAUUAAGGGUGAAACAGAAUGGAAUAAAGCACCCGAAGAAAAAAAUCGUGAUUACCAAGAAGUAGCUGGUUUAGAUCCCGACACAGUUUAUGAAUUCCGCGUUGUGGCGGUCGAUGGUCAUUUCAUGACUGAAAGUUCAACACAGGAGGUUGACACCAAUGGUGUCGAUGGUCCCAUCAAGGUUCCCAAUGAAAAUCUUGCAAAUGCCGGCUGGUUUAUCGGCAUGAUGUUAGCGUUAGCGAUUAUUAUCAUACUAUUUAUUAUUAUCUGCAUUAUCCGUCGCAAUCGUGGUGGCAAAUACGAUGUACAUGAUCGUGAAUUGGCCAAUGGCAGACGAGACUAUCCAGAUGAGGGUGGUUUCCAUGAAUACUCUCAGCCCUUGGACAAUAAGAGCGCUGGUCGUCAAUCAGUUAGUUCGGCAAAGCCAGGUUUGGAAAGUGAUACAGAUUCAAUGGCUGAAUACGGUGAUGGAGAUACAGGCAUGAAUGAAGAUGGUUCUUUUAUAGGUCAAUACGGACGCAAAGGACUUUGAUUUAGUUUAAAAUAAAUAUAAAAAAUAAUUUUAAAGAAAAACCACCAGCCCCUACUACAUACACUACAUUAAAUAUUGCGAUGAAGCAAAUUCCAAAUUAAUAGUUAAACAACAACAGCAAUCAUCACUCUCAAGAUUAAAUUAUGUAUAUGAUUUAUGAUUAUUAUUAAAAAUCAACUGCCAGCAGCUACACAUUUGUUUACGUUUAAUUAUUAUACAUAUCAAAACAAAAACUCGAAAAUUUUUAAAAGAAACGAAUAAUCAUUGGAUAUUUUAACGUCAUAUGUUUUAUUAUUUUUUACAAAUUAUUGAC